CAGGCUGUUAAUAUAAGAAACACAGUCACUGGAGGGGCACGUUUGUUGUGGGAGAAGUCUUAAACAAGUAUUUAGUAUCAACCUACUUUUGGAAGAAAUAUUAUCAAGAUGGCGACGACCACGGAAAAUAACAAUGCUGAAACUGGAGUCAAGAAAAAACAUCUCGGGAUUCCCGAAGCCAUCUUUGUGGAGGAUGUAGAGGCAUUCAUGCAACAGCCUGGCAAUGAGACAGCAGAUUUGGUGCUGAGGAAGCUGGAUGAACAAUACCAGAAGUACAAGUUCAUGGAGCUCAGCCUGGCUCAGAAGAAACUCCGGUUAAAAAGUCAGAUUCCACAAAUUAAACAGACGUUAGAAAUUUUAAGACACAUACAGAAGAAGAAGGACACCACAGACCCCAUGGAGACGCACUUCUUACUGGCAGACAACCUGUACUGCAGAGCCUCGGUGCCACCCACAGACAAAGUGUGCUUAUGGCUUGGGGCCAAUGUUAUGCUUGAAUAUGACAUUGAUGAGGCGCAGUCCCUGCUCGAGAAGAAUCUUACCACUGCCUCCCAAAACCUGGACUCUUUGGAGGAGGACCUUGACUUCCUUAGAGACCAGUUCACCACCACUGAAGUCAACAUGGCACGGGUUUAUAACUGGGAUGUUAACAGGAGGAGCAGAGACAAUCUCUCAAAAUUAUCAGUCAAGUGUUAAAGCCCAAAUCAAAUGUACAACACUUGCCCUUACACAACAUCCACUGGCCCAGUGGUUGACUCUUGAUUUACUGGCAUAUUUCACCCAUAGUUUCUGAUAUUAAAAGCAGUUAUACAGAAGAUGACGGUGGGCUAUCAUAUGUUCUGCCUGUUGCUGCCCAAAUUAAGUUUUUGUACUGCUAUGAUCCUUACUGGCGUUGGGCAUGGUAGAGCUCUUUAUAGCAAGUUCUUGGUGUACUAGGGCUUCAGUGAGACAAGUAUAAAUUUCCUGUGGCCCUAUCAACCUGCUCCAAUGACUAUGACGGCCUGGCAGGAGAGCCCACCCACACAGUUUCAAAAGGGCCAGACGGUGGCCUCACUGGGUCAAACUUGCUACCUCCCAGCCUUCUUCUGAAACUUAUGUCUUCUCUUUUUCAAGUGAUAUUUAUUUGUUGUGUUCAG